AUGGACAAUGCCCCAAUCCACAAGUAUGAAGAUAUUCAACUUUCUAUCGAGCGUAGAGUCUAUGGGUGUGUCUAUCUUCCACCGUAUUUUCCUGAGCUUAAUCCUAUUGAGCAGUUUUUGUCAGUUGUAAAGAAAAACAAAUUUUCUUCUGCUAGAGCACAAAACAAAGGCCUGUCCUCCUACCUAAAGUCGCUUGACUUGAAGGGAAAGCUAAGUCCGAAACAAACUGAAUCUGAACAUAAUACAACUAGUAAAAUGGAGAAUCUGGAUCAGACUGCCACUACUAUUGAUAGGACUUACACGGAUGUUAAAGAGGUUGAAAAGCUAAACCAUGGCACGAACUGUCACCUUUUCUUCCCCUUCCUUGUUGCCAAGAUUCGAAGAGAAGACUUACUCGAACAAAUAGAACCAAAACUUGAUUAUGAAGAUUUGUUCUGA